AUGGGAGGUAAUGGCAGAAAGAGGUUCUCGCUCUUCAGCUUCUUUAAAAGACGAAGAUCGUCGUCUCAUAGAGUUGAAGCAGACAAGUCAUGUGACGACGACGUCGUCUACACAAGAAAGGCAUGGGCCAGUGACGAGGACAAACGUUAUUGGGUGGCUGAGCCAGGUAUUGACCGUAAAGCUUCUGCUUUUAUCGCCAAGUUCCAUGCCUCUCGUGUCUCUGAGUCCGAACGCCAAACUCUCCCUCCUUGUCAAUCUCAUCACGAGUAG